UAUAUGUUCAAACCCAACCAGUGUAACUUAGCUCCAUCAGUAUCAGAGAGAGAGAGAUACACAUAUACACGGUACAGAGAUAUGGAUUCUUCUUGUAGCAAUGAGUUCGAUGUGAUAGUGAUCGGUGGAGGCAUCAUGGGCAGUUCCACUGCUUACCAAACUGCCAAGAGAGGUCACAAGACACUCUUGCUCGAGCAGUUUGACUUUUUGCAUCACCGUGGCUCUUCGCACGGCGAGUCUCGCACCAUGCGCGCCACAUACAAGAAGGACUACUACAGCAAGAUGGCCGUUGAGUCUUCGAAACUGUGGAGAGAGGCUGAAACGGAGGCUGGCUACAGCGUCUAUACCGGCACCGACCAUCUUAACAUGGGGCCGGCGGGUAGUGCUAGUCUCAAAGCAGUCAUAGCAAGCUGUGAAAAGAACUUCUUACCUUAUCAGAUUCUUGACCACGGCCAAUUCACCGACAAAUUCUCCGGAAGGGUCAGCAUACCGGAGGAUUGGAUUGCAGUGUAUACCGAGCUUGGCGGUGUCAUUAAGCCAACUAAAGCGGUGUCCAUGUUCCAAGCACUCGCAUUUCAAAAGGGAGCUGUGUUGAGGGACAACAUGGAAGUGAAGGAUAUUAGGAGAGAUGAAGUGAGAGGAGGCAUAGUGGUCUGUACCACCAAGGGCGACAAGUUCUGGUGCAGGAAAUGUGUGGUCACUGCUGGGGCUUGGACCAGGAAGCUGGUUGGUUCAAUUGCUGGGCUUGAAUUGCCAAUUCAACCCGUGGACAUCACAGUGUGUUAUUGGAAGAUCAAGGAGGGUCACGAGGAGAAAUAUGCCAUUGGAGGCGAUUUCCCGACGUUCUCGAGCUAUGGAGAUGUGAAGAUAUAUGGGACCCCAUCCUUGGAAUUCCCGGGGCUGAUCAAGAUUAUUCUGGACCACGGAUGCCAGUGCGAUCCGGAUAAAAGGAAGUGGAGGCCCGAGCCAGACUUGGAUUCCCUGAAAGAGUGGAUCGAAGGGAGGUUUCUGGGACUGGUGGAUGGCUGCGCACCCGUGUCCAUGCAAUCCUGUAUGUACUCGAUGACACCUGACGAGGAUUAUGUGAUGGAUUUCUUGGGAGGGGAGUUCGGGGAGAAUGUGGUGAUAGGUGGUGGGUUUUCGGGACACGGGUUCAAGAUGGCUCCGGUGGUAGGGAAGAUACUGGCGGACCUUGCGCUCACUGGGCAUGCGGAUGGGGUGGAGCUCAAGCAUUUUAGGAUUGGAAGGUUUGAAGAGAAUCCCCAGUGAACUAACAAAAGCCAGUUCUCUAUGUUCGACCGAUAAUCUGUGAUUUGGUCUUUGGUUUCUAAUGAUUUAUUCCCUCAAUCACGUCCCAUAAACAUAUACAGCUAGAUGUAUACCUGAGUUGUAUGUGUGCAACAUCUGCUAUUGUUUUCUGCUUUUUCUUGGAUGACCAAGCACCUUCACUGAGCCAAGUUUACUGAAUGUUUGAUACUAUUAA